AUGGUUGCGAAAUGCGGCGACUUUAUGGUAGCUGCAAAUCGUCUUACGUCGGCAUUUCGUCCUUCUACAUAUGAGAAGCACCUUGUACUCAUUGGUGCAGUGACUACUGUUCCAGCUACGACACUUUCACUUCUUAUGUAUAUCGUAACUAUUGCUAAAAUGCGCCGCCUCCGUAGUAUACGAGUUUUCGCCACAAAACAGAAGACCACAAGCAAUCUCCAAAGCGACUUGGAGACACGCUGCAUGGCAUCUGCAUUGCUCAUGUUUUGUGGAACUAUACCUCACCUAAUAAUAUGUGCAAUGCUUAUAGCAUAUCAGAAAUUUGAAGCAGUUACUACCAUUUACGCCCAUCUAUGGAUGCCCGCUGCCGACAUAAUGAUUUCUGCUCCUUCAUGGGCUUUGGUACUGACAUCUACAAAACUGCAUAGGCAUUUCUGGGAAAAAGUGGCCACUUUGUUGGGAAGUAUAAGCCCAACUGUGUAG